AUGCUGCGCUGCUCGCUGCUCUGCUCGGCGCUGCUGGCGCUGGCCCUCUGCGCCUCGGACGCGGCCGUGCUGCGCGUGCCCAUGCGCAAGCGCAGCGACGACGAGUUCGUGGCCUCGCUGCUGCACGACGUGCACGCGCUCAACCGGCCGGUCGUGUGGGCGCCCGAGGCCGACGCCUUCCCCUCUCCGGCCACCGACGCGGACGCCGUCCAGGGCACGGCCAACGUGGUCAUCCGCGACUUCCAGAACGCGCAGUACUACGGGGCCAUCUCCAUCGGCACGCCGCCGCAGCCCUUCGCCGUCAUCUUCGACACGGGCUCGAGCAACCUGUGGGUGCCCGACAAGAAGUUCGGCUCGCACAACGUGUACGACCACGACGCGUCCAGCACGUACAAGGCCAACGGCACGGCCUUCGACAUCAUGUACGGCAGCGGGCCCGUGUCGGGCUUCCUGUCGCAGGACACGCUGGCGCUCGGCGGCCUCACGGUGCCCGACCAGUUCUUCGCCGAGGUGAACGUCACCAAGGGCCUCGGCCCGGCCUACUACCUGGGCAAGUUCGACGGCCUCUUCGGCCUGGCCUUCGACACCAUCAGCGUCGACCACCUCAAGACGCCCUUCCACCGCAUGAUCCAGCAGGGCCUGCUGGACGAGCCCGUCUUCGCCUUCUACCUGGGCGACCAGAAGGACGGCGAGCUCACGUUCGGCGGCACGGACAAGGCCCACUACAAGGGCGAGCUCGAGUACGUGGACGUGACCAGCGCCACCUACUGGUCGGUCAAGCUGGACGCCGUCGAGGCCAAGGACCAGCAGCUCACGGACGUCAACAAGGCCAUCGUGGACUCGGGUACGUCGCUCAUCGCCGGCCCCAAGGACCAGGUGGCCAAGCUGGCCGCGCUCGUGGGCGCCCACAAGUUCAUCAUGGGCGAGUACCUCAUCAGCUGCACGGCCGCAGCGCCCGACAUCUCGUUCGUGCUCAACGGCAAGAAGUACACGCUGACCAAGGACGAGUACACGCUCAAGAGCGGCCCCAUCUGCCUCUUCGCCUUCAUGGGCAUCGACAUCCCUGCCCCCGCCGGCCCGCUGUGGAUCCUCGGUGACGUGUUCAUGCGCAAGCACUACACGGUCUUCGACUGGGGCACCGACUCCCGCAAGCCCCGCGUCGGCUUCGCGCUGGCUGCCGUGCUUGUACUGCAGGCAGACGCGCUUGAGCACGACGAAGCUGUUCGUGUGGAGCUGAAGCGUAAUGGGUUCGUGGUGAAGCAGCAAGCUCUCGUCAAUUUGUCGACGGACGCAGCACGCCAAUUCGUUCUCGAGGUUUGCAACCCGCAUAGCGCGAUGUACCGAUCGCCGGCGCCUGCGGACUCAGAAGCAACUAACGAUGACGAGGUCGUGGAGUAUGCAAUUCACUCUCUGGCGAGUGGUCCAGCUCUCGUCUUGGGGGUUGAGAGGCCGAAUGCAGUCGUUGAACUACUCCAGCUAGUUGGUCCAGCUGACCCCGCUGCCUGGACAGAGAGCUCUAAUGCUUGUCUCCGAGCUCGAUUCGCGAAGGACGCACCUCGGAAACUUGGGCUCCGCUGCAGCGCUCAAGAGUCGACAGCGUCGCACGAGUUGGCCUUCCUGAUGGCGCAUUCCGGCAACAAGGCCCACACCCACGCUCACCCUCAGGGUCAAGCCGCUGUGAUGCCGUUGCCAAGUGGUGGAGCUAACCCAGGAAAGUCGGCGGUCAUGGGUCUGGGCCAGCUACUCAACUUCAUGUUUCCGGAGCACUUGCAGCACCCUAACUCAGCUGGUCGACUCUUCGUCUUCGGGCUGUACGGGCCGCUGGACGCGCACUCGAGGCUUCGCAGCGGUGAAAAAGGCCUGCACGUUGUGACGGACCGCGAGCUCACUACCAUGUCGGCGCGCAUGGAGCGCGAGGACAUCCUCGCGGUCUACGGCAUGUGCUCGCUGUCUCAAGAGGAGGAGGAAGAAGUGGUGCGUCAAGUCGACCACCUGCUCAAGAAGUUCCCGCAGUACACGCCGCGCGACAUCGAGAAGCUGUUCGCGCCGCUGCCUCGGGACUCGGACGGCAACAUGAGCUUCCACGACAUGCAGCGUGCCGUGCUCAAGGAGCGACUGCGCCGCGUCGUGUGCAUGAAGGAGCGGCUGCAUCCGGCGCUGGCCGAGCCCGUGCGCAACCAGUUCGCGCGCACGCUGACGCGUCUGUCGGCCAAGAAAGACGGCGGCCUCGUGAACGGCGCGCCGUCCAGCUUCUUCCUCAAGGACGUGGGGGCCACCAACGUGGAGAACGCGGCGCUGGUCUCGCGCCUGCUGAGCACGCGCGCCUUCCAGAUCUGCCAAAUGGAGGACGGCAACUCGCCCGAGCUCACGCAGAACGUGCGGCUGCUGCGGCCCGACAAGGCCCAGAAGAGUCUCGAGCGCGAGCCCUGGAAUCCGAACUGCCAGAAGCGCAGCCAGCCCGGGCGGCAGUAG